UUGAUCAAUCAAACAAUCCAAAGAAAUCAUCAACUGAAAAUGUUAUCCCUCUCAAACACUCUCAACACCUUCUGUUCUUCUUCCUCCAUUUCUUCAUCAUCAUCUUCCAAUCAAACACAAAUCUUCAAAUACCCUUUUCAAUUCCCCAAAACCACAUCAUUUUCCCACGUUUUUUCAUUAAGAAAAUCUGCAAUUUUGGUACCAAAAUCUUCAGAAAAGUCCGAGGUUGCUACAACAGAAUCAGAAGAUGGAUGGCUUAGCAGAUUACCUGAUAAAAAGAAACCAUUAUAUUCUCAUAGUUUGCCCUGCAUUGAAUCUUGGCUUAAAAGCUUAGGGUUUCACCAAAGCAAUGAAGAUAGGGCUGUUUGGUUCAUUGAAAAAUCUGAAUGGCGUGCUCAACUUUCCCUUGAUAUCACUGAACUUUAUAUAAGAUAUAUGAAGAAUGGACCAGGCAGUCUUGAAAAAGAUAUGGAGAGAAGAUUCAGCUAUGCACUGAGUAGAGAGGAUAUCGAGAACGCUGUGCUUGGAGGACCGUAAGAAACAAGUUGUGAAUUCAUUCCAUGGUAUAGAAAUGUCGAAAGGUGUAUUGCUGCUUUCAUUAGGUUGUCAAACCACAUUUCAGUAAAAUUGCUUUUUAUGAUUAUACAUGUCUGAAUAUCACUUGCAUUGAUCAAUAUAUGAAAAAUUUACAUCCUUUCAAGAACUAUGAUUUCUACUUUA